UGUCAUCCAGCUUCGAGAAACGAAAAGUGUCACGAGAUUGACAUGAUCAUUGAAAAUCUAAUAAACUCAAACAAAUGUAUAGUUCACCAUUAUAAUGAUCUCGUCAAACACUCAAUGCACCUCUGUAAGUUAUUUAACAAGGUGUUUCUGUCUGGCAUCGCAUGACAAAGAAAAACGCGGAAGCAAUGGUUAUUUUUAGUUUCAGUGGGCGAUGUACUGUAGAGGAUGUUGGUACUGUUAAUAACACAAGUGUUUUAGGUUAAUUGUUCAUAAUUUAAAAGCGUAACAAAUGGAGGAUGAAGAAAGAUUAUGCAUCUCCAGCGGUUCUGACUGGAUGUCCGAGAUGCCCUCGGGUUUUUGGGACAUUCCGCUGUGGAAUCUCUCUAUACCCGGAAGUCAUGACACCAUGAGUUACUGUUUAGAUGAGCGGUCCUCAGUACUGAAGUCUUUACCGUGGGUGGUUCAAGUGUUAGACACUUUCUUUCCCUGUAUCGUUCGGCCCUGUAUAAUCAAAUGGGCAACAACACAGGAAGAUAGCAUCACUAACCAGCUGGAUUUAGGCAUUCGGUUUCUCGAUUUAAGAAUAGCUCAUAAAAUAAAAGACCCUGAUAAAGUUUUCUACUUUGCACAUGGGAUCUACUCUCUUCUGACUGUGAAGGAAGCGCUCACAGAAGUUGCUCACUGGUUAGACCAGCACUCCAAGGAAGUGGUCAUUAUUGCUCUUUCUGCAUUUGAUGGCAUGAACCUGGAUCAACACAAAGACCUGAUUCAAUUCCUCUUAAGCACAUUUGACAAAAAAAUGUGUCCAAAUCAUAUCGUACCUUCACUACAGCAGUGUUGGAAUCACAACUAUCAGGUGAUUCUGUCAUAUGAUGACUCAGCUGCGUUUGGAUAUGAGGAAUUGUGGCCUCAGUGUGAAUAUUGGUGGGCGGACACCUCAGAUCCAAACAAUGUCAUAUCCUACCUGGAGGAGAGAAAAACUGAAGGAAGACCAGGUCAGUUUUUUGCUGCCGGUCUGAACCUAACAGAGGAUGCCAAGUAUGUUAUUUCUCAUCCGUGCCAGUCAUUACAAAGCAUGACCAUGAGCUCCUAUAGUCUGCUUCUGAACUGGGUCAAGCAGCAGCGCCCAGGCCCUUACCAAACAUGCCUCAACAUCAUCUGUGCAGAUUUUGUGGGGGCUUUCAACAAUGAAUUCACCCAGCUGGUUAUUGGACUCAAUCAAACGCUGUUAAAAAAGACUUUACCCAUAAAUCUGCCAUAGAUGACAUUACACACAAAU